CUGACUUAGGAGUGACUCCGCAAUGUGUUUAGCUGCAUUAGUAGCCAACCGAAGCUCAUUGGCUAGCUGGUGCAGCUACCUGCAUGUCGGUGUCGUACGCUCAGCCCAGCAAAGCUUCUUUGGGACGCAUGACUUAUUGGACAAAAUAUGUGACUCUCAGUUUUACUCUUGUUUGAGGUGCAAAAUGAAAAUCUCCGUGAGGAGAAACCGCUUAUUUUGAGCCUUUGAUUAUUGCGAUAUAAAAUAUUGUCAUCUAUGCCCGGUAGCCACCAGUGAUGGACAAAAAGUAGAGUUAAUCUCUUGUAGUCAUGUGAUGGGCUAAAGCCUGCUGAGAUAAGUUGAAUGCUAGCAUGUGAACAGUUGGUAUGCCAACAUAAACAUAGAAAGCUACACAGUAAAUUGAUAAGCAUUUUACUUUGUGCCCUGUGGUCAAAUGCUAUUUCAAUAAUAAUUUUUAACAUGACUAUAGUUGGCAUGCUGACAAAGCAGCAGUAUCAUGACACAAGAAAUUUCCUUGAAUAUUGAACUUGAUGGCAUUUGAAUUGAACGAUUCCUCCAGACACUGGAUUUCUGUUAUUGAUCGUCGGCUCUUCUGAACCCAUUCCCUCGCAGUCCUCAUUCGGGGGGGAAAGACCGAAUGACUGAAAUUACAUCGCUCUCGUGGUGAACUAUUUUGAGCUCCCAAAAGAGAGCGACACAGGGCAGACGUCAGUUUCUGGUGACACGAUCAUAUUCAGUGUGGUAGGAUCUGUCUCGCCCUAACACGUCCACAGCCAUUUUUUUUUCUUACUGCUUGGACACUUCGUGAGCUUAACGAGGAGAGGUGGAGAAGAAUGCUGUGCGCCACAUCUCCAGAUCUGGAGCCAGAUGACAACACAUCGUUCUACAUUCUAAAUGUGGGGCAGCCCCCAUCAGUGGUCACGAACCACCAGUCAAUCAGCCUCCCCCGACAUGGCAUGCAGUCGCACUCCCCGCUCAUCAGCACUUCACCUCGCCUUCAGUCACAUAAACAAGGACCCAUGCACCUGACUUAUGAGGCACAGGACUCGAAGUAUGGCACCUCCCCCUUACUCCAUUCCGCCCCAGUGGAGGCACCAAAGGCCUUCGAGUGCCCCAGUAUUCAGAUUACCUCCAUCUCCCCGAGCUGCCAGCAGGAAAUGGAUGCCAAUCAACAAGCUCUGAGGCCAAAUGGCCCCGAUAGGGAGUACCACAGUGAGAGGCCUCUAUCCAGAGACCACCUGUAUUUGCCUCUCGACCACUCGUACCGGGACUCCUCCCUCAGUCCGAGCCCGGGCAGCAGCCUCUCAUCCAGGAGCUGGUUUUCGGACGCUUCCUCCUGCGAAUCAUUUUCCCACGUCUACGACGAUGUCGAGGCUGAGCUCAAUGAAGCCGCCGCUCGCUUCACCCUGGGCUCGCCGCUUACGUCGCCGGGGUGCGCCUCCCCACAAACGGGCGUCGGCAAUCUGGAGGAACAGUCGCAGUGGCAGCACCCUCACCCCUCCUUCGUCCAGCACUCCCACUCCGUCACGCUGUCACCUCGACAGUCCCCCUGCCACUCGCCGCGCACCAGUGUCACUGAUGAGAACUGGCUUAGCCCACGGCCACCUUCUCGGCCUUCCUCGCGUCCCACCUCACCCUGCGGGAAGAGGCGCCACUCCAGUGCCGACAUAUGCUAUCCUGGCUCCGUGUCACCACAUCAUUCGCCCUCGCCCACGCCGGGACCUUCACCUAGGGGCAGUGUGACAGAGGACACGUGGGCUGGAAGUCCAUCGACAGGAAUGUCACCUUUCCAGUGCUGCCAAUCUGAGGUAGACAUCCCAUCCAAGACGAGGAAGACCUCACAAGACACAACAGCCAUGCAGCCCUCGUCAAAAGCAGAGUUGGGAAUAGAUGACAAAGGAAAUAUGCUUCCUAAUCUAGACUCGCCCUCAGAAGAGGCUCUCCAGAGCCUCAAGAAGGAUGGGCCCGGGGAGCAGUUCCUCUCGGUGCCCUCCCAUUUUUCAUGGAGUAAACCCAAGCCCGGACACACACCUAUAUUCAGGACCUCCUCACUUCCUCCCCUAGACUGGCCGCUGCCAAGUCAGUUCGGCCAGUACGAACUGAAGAUCGAGGUACAACCCAAGGCGCACCACCGAGCACACUAUGAGACCGAGGGCAGUAGAGGAGCUGUCAAAGCGGCAUCAAGUGGCCAUCCCAUUGUCAAGCUGGUUGGCUACAGUGAGAAGCCUGUCAACCUGCAGAUGUUCAUCGGAACAGCAGAUGACCGUUACUUGAGGCCGCAUGCUUUUUACCAAGUGCACCGCAUCACCGGGAAGACUGUGGCCACGGCCAGCCAGGAGAUUGUGAUCACCAGCACCAAAGUUCUGGAAAUUCCUCUCCUGCCUGAAAACAACAUGUCCGCCUGUAUCGACUGUGCAGGCAUCCUGAAGCUACGGAACUCAGACAUUGAACUGCGGAAGGGGGAGACGGACAUAGGAAGGAAAAACACACGGGUACGCGUGGUGUUCAGGGUUCACAUCCCUCAGCCGAAUGGGAAGGUUCUGUCGCUACAGGCGGCCUCUAUUCCUGUAGAAUGCUCCCAGCGUUCGGCUCAAGAGCUGCCACAAGUUGACAAAUCCAGUCUGACCAGCUGUCUGGUCUGUGGGGGAGAGGAAAUGGCCAUUACUGGGAGCAACUUCUUUCCAGAGUCCAAAGUCAUCUUUUUGGAGAAAGGCCCUGAUGCGCGGCCACAGUGGGAAGUGGAGGCCAAAAUCAUCCGGGAGAAAACUCAAGGCUCAUGUAUUGUAGUGGAAGUCCCUCCUUACCACAGUAAGACUGUGAGCUCCGCUGUGCAAGUGCAGUUUUAUGUCUGCAAUGGAAAACGGAAAAGGAGCCAAUCCCAGCGCUUCACUUACCUUUCAGUGAUGGUGAAACAGGAACACCGGGAUGAGCUGGACCACCCCGCUGUAUCUGCCAUGUCCAUGCCCCUGACACAUGCUGGCAGUCUGGUGCGCCCUCAGCUGCCUUCCCCCGAUCAGGGCCACCCAUCGGAUAACCUUCUGUCCACCUCCCCGCACGGUCUGGCCUCGGGCUCGGGACCCGUCCUGCUGUCCCUGCAGGCUCCCUGCCCUUCCAUAGGCUCCCCAUCCUUCCAGCACCUGCCUCACCUCCAGGGUCGCAGUUUGCACCACGCUCCCGUUGACUGCCACAUGACGUUCCAUCCGAGCUCCUCUCCUGUCCCACUUCCUGCCUCCCCGUCGCCCUCGAGGCCCUCGUACCAGCCCAUGCAGCGCAACCAGAGUCACACUCACAGCCUGUCCUUCAACGGCCAGUCAAGCCUUUCUCCUCAGAGCUAUGACAGGAUGCCUUUCCAGCAAAGCCCCAGUGCUGCGUCACACCCGCUGGGCAUGGGGAUGGUGUAUUCCUCCUCCCCCUGCUCGUCCCCGUCAACGCCUGUGUCGUCAGGCCCCAUCGCGGGGUCCCCGCAAAGCCACCAACCCCUUCUCGCUCCCUCGUCCCCACACCUCCACACGAUGGGAGGCUACCACUGCUCCCCGAAUCCCACUCAGGUGCCCUCACCUACUGGCCCCCCACUCGUGGGGCCCCACUCUUCUCAGCUUCAGAGGGCCAUGGGCUACCACCCAGUGAGUCAACGCUCAGCCUCCUGCCCUACGCCGUCCACUGCCCCUCCUCCGCAUAUGAUCCCGUCAGCCCAUUCCGGGCCUUCUUCCCCUCAGCUCCACUCGCUGCCGUACCAGUCUCCUACUUCCUCUUCGCCAGGUAACAGUCCCUUGGGCCCCUUGCAGCAUCCGCAUUCAGGACAGCCUUCUCCUCAGGCGGCUAGCCCGGUCAUGGCCGGCUUGUCCCCGACUGCUGCUGGGCCUUUGGUGCACCCACUAAGCCCCCAGGGGCCAUUCACGUCGGAAGUCGAGAGGCUGAACAUCAAAGAAGAGCCGGAUGAUAGGGAGCCUACCUUCCGCUCGAUAGGCCUACAAGACAUUACACUGGAUGAUGUGAACGAGAUCAUCGGCCGAGACAUGUCGCAGUCCCCCAGUGGCCGUGGCCCCGCCCGAGCGGCCCACGGCGCACAGUCGUAGCUAAAUGGCCAGACGGCAACCAGAACACCUGGAUACUUCAACUCCCACAAUGCAACACCUGUCAGGAAAGCUCGAUAUACUGUAUACACACAUCAAGAGCAUCAAUGUGGGUGAUUUUUUUUCACAAAAUCACCCUUUUUGAAAUGAUCAAAGCAUUUAUGAUCCCAGUGAGGAGAAGCUCAACAUUCCGCAACUGUCAAGCACCUGUACUUCUCUGAUCACUCACGCCCCCUGCUGUCUAUACAUGUAACUGCCUUACGAUUUAUUAUUUUAUUAUUCUUAUUGUAGAAAUAUAGAUGCCAUAAGAUGGCAGCAAAUCACAUUUUCUGUUAGAUAAGCAAUGACCCAGCUCAAUAAAGCUCCACCCCUCACUUCAACAUAGUAGCUCGGCACCAAUAUGCCACCAGAUGGAGCCAAAGCAACGUCUUUAUGUUAGACUCUGGCCUGAGCACAAAAACAUAAAAUAGUUAAAAAAAGAAAAAAGGCAAACUCGUGAUUAAGCGGGUUUCACUGUAUUAUUCAUUAUUAUUAUUACCUGUGUAGCAGAAUUGAAUGGCAGCAAAGUUCCCUUUCUAACCAAAUAAAGUGAAAUCUAAGGAGAUACUAUCUUAUUUACGAAAAUAUAAUAUGGCUGCUCAUCUACUCUGCAAUUAUUUAAAGAAAAUCAAUUAAAAGUCUCCCCUGUGUGCCUUGUUUUCAAGAAGACUAAUUUUGUCUCAGUAUUUUCUAUAAAAAACAAUAUAGUCCACAAAAUGUUGUCCAACAUCUAGAUGUGGCAUAUUUACACGAAACGAAAAUAACCGCAGCAAUAACGUUCGAAUUGGACAUUUUUUUCCCCGUCGGCCUUAUGAUGAUAAUGAGUCUAUGCAUUUACCUUCAGCCAAAUAAGCCUUCUCAAACCCGAAAUAUGAAGCCGGUAGAGCAGGGGUGGGCUACCUGUGGCACGUCAGCCAUAAAUGACCCACCGCAGCAAACGAUUCAAUGUCAGUUUUUCCUCUUCAGAAAUUUACUCUGGCCCUUGGAUGUCUUUGAGAACUGAGGAAACCCACCCCUGAUCUAGACCUGAAGACAGCCACGGCCCCAAUUGCGUGUGAGUGUGUGUGUGAGAGAGAGACAGUGAGUGAGUGAGAGUUUAUACCAAAUGUAGUCAAGAAAACUCCUAUUUUCAAGCACACGUGUGUCUAAGGCUAUGCAACUUUAAAAUAAAUAUGACAAAGAAGUUACUUUAACUUCAUAGCAGCAGAAUGAGAAUUUUUUUAGGAUGCCUUAACUCAUUUAUGUCAGUCUGCGUGCUGUUCGAUCGUUUGUUAGUUUUUUUCCAGGGGGCGGGACAAAGUGUUUUUGUUGGUCGUUUAUAAAGCCUCAAAUCAAGAAACUUCGUCCUUGGCCACAACCAAAGAGCGAACAAUACAGUGUGUUCCCACUUGACAAAAACAAACAAAAAAAAACCUGUACUCAACUCUAUUUUUGAUACUUUUUUCAAAUGGAUGUCAUUCCGAAACAAAAAGAAAAAGGUUGGGGACAUGUACUGUGUGCUGAACGUGAUAUAUAUAUGAGAAAUAAAAAGGACGACACAUAUAUGAUAACGUUGACAGCCUUUGCAGCUUUUUUUCCUUUUAUGUGUUACCCAUCUGUAUACAAACCAUUUUGUACAGAAAUUAAAAAAGGGAAAUGCAGGUUUAGCUAAUGUUUACCAAGCCUGGUAUUGUCAACUGUUGUAUAUUUUGUAUGUUAAAGGAUUUUUCUUUUUUUUGUAAUUUUAAAGACUGCAGUGCUUUUGGAAAUUAUUCAAAGGGAAUAACUUGCAACAUGCUUUAGGUUUUGAAAGUAGUGACUAUCAAUAAAACGACAAAAAAAAGUGA